AUGUAUACCUUCAAACCAGAUCUAGAACUCAUUGACAUCGUGGCAUCCCUUACGAUCGCGGGUCCUCCCAUCCUCGAUGCCAACGCCCGCGCCUCCGUCGAAGCCGCCGGGGUCUCAAACGUCGUUUUCACAGUCGACGAAGUCCACAACCGGUCCUCUGUCUAUAAUCGCCUUAUCGACGUGCAGUCCGAGGCCACGCUCUCUGGAUCUCUCCAAUUCCUCCUUGAUACUCUGGCAACUAAGGUAUUAAUCUGUAACGAGUUGGGGGCGGCUAGGAAUGGGACGACGGCGGUGAGGGCAUAUGGCGUUCAGGUUGCUGAAGGGGCAGGGUUGCCGGUUGCGAGUAAUUUCAAUGCCACUGGUGGGACGCAGGAGUUUCAGACAAGGAAUAUCACCGCGAGACAUGAGGUUAUUGUAAGCGCAGGGACAUUCCAAAGCCCACAGCUCGUACGCACGCUUUAUCUCUCCGGAAUAGGAGAUCGUCAACAGUUGAGCCUGUUUGGGAUCGAAACUGUGGUAGACUUGCCGGGAGUCGGGAAGAACCUCCAAGAUCACGACGAAGUAACAGCCAUCUGGGAGCUUAAACAAAACACAUCUCUCCUGAACGGCUGCACAUUCCUCUCAGACCCCGCCGAAGACCCGUGCCUCGCCUACUGGAUUGAAUCUGGCCAUCAGAAUGUGUAUUCAUUUGGACCUUCUUUCGUGGCCAUCACCACGCAGUCGAACGCCUCGAAUCCUGAACCAGAUAUAUUCUCGUACUGGGCGCCGGGAUAUUUUCCCGGUUUCGUUCGUGGUGCGGCCUCUGUCCUUCUUUCUCUUUCAUAUCCUUCACCAUCUUGCCGCACCGCCCAUUUUGAUAUACCCCCACCGUAUUCACUCCCUCAGGCUUCGCACAGGAUAUCGCAGACCACCACAGAUCUCUCACAGUCGUCCUGCUCAAAGCCCAUCCCUCUCAGUCACGAAGGGCUCUAUUGUAGAGAACUCGAUCCCGAUCCACUGAGUCCCAGCACGCCUUGA